CUCUCCAGUCACAGCAUCCACACCAUCACUGGUCUGCCCUGAAGCCACUCGUGCCAUUCAGCCUCAGAUCAACUGAAACAUCAGCUGCGUCUCUGACAACAUGAGGACCGUCUUCAUCACUUCUCUUCUGGCUCUAGCACUCAUCAUCUCAGCCAGUGCUGCCCCACAUGGAGCCACAACAUCAACAUGCUGUCCAAAGCUCUUCAAGGGCAAGAUUCCAGCAAACAUGGUGGUCUCUUUUGGCUCAACCAGGAGCGACUGUGCCAAGAAAGCUCUUAUGAUCACAACAGUGGCGGCCAGAGUUUUCUGUGUGGACCCAGACCAGGACUGGGUGAAGAGUGUUGUUGACAAGCUGAAAAGGGAAGCAGACACCGCAGCAUCCCAAGUGUGAAAGAGCAACAUGUCAGACGGCACAGCAUCACAACUGAGGGAAAAUUGUCAGACGGCACAGCAUCUACUGUGAAAAAAGAAUAUCUCAGCUGCCACAGCGCCUUGAACUGUGAAAGACAUCAUAAACUGUUAGUGAACUAACAACAGAGCAGACAGUAUUACAACCAACCAGCUUGACUGUCUGGAUGUGCAGGGUUUUGUUCUGACAAAAUGUGUGUGAUUAUUUUUGAUAUAUUUGAAGUUGAACCAACAUAAGCUGUAUGUUUUUAAU